UUCCAUCUUUGUUUACAACUGAAGACAUCAUCUGGACUUUGAAACAGAACUUUAUCCGUAAGAUGGAUAAGAUACGAUUAUUUUAUUUAUCCAAGUAAAUGAAAAUGUAAAAUCUAUCUCUUCUAAACCAGGUAGGAAACUAUAACAACACCUUCUUGUACGCAGAUGAUCCGCCAGUUUGAUUUGUGCCAGGAAAACGUAAAAGCAACUCGGACACAAGUGGUUUUGGGUCCAAGAUGAAGACUCCGAUGUUCCGAGGAUUCGAUUUUCUUUUCUUUUUUUUUUUUUUUUGGUUGAGGGGUAUGCUUUUUCUCUGAGGAUCGUACUCUGUCAGUAAGUCUACCACACCAGCGAGCACGGUCCUUUGCAAGUCUCUCCCAUGAGUACAGGUCAACAAUGUCAAUGGAUUGGAGUAAGACAUUUAGAAAUGUCUUGACGUCGUGUUUAUUUUUAAUUUCCACCAGCUCCUCAUUUCCCACUGGAGAGUUCCUUGAACAGUGGUUGUGUGGGACGUCCGCUGCCUGCCAUUCUCCCAACAUUCCUUGCCCAUCCGGCGUGUUUAUUUUUUAAGUUCCACCAGCUCAUCAUUUCCCACUGGAGAGUUCAUUGAACAGUGGUUGUGUGGGACGUCCGCUGCCUGCCAUUCUCCCAACAUUCCUUGCCCAUCCGGCGUGUUUAUUUUUUAAGUUCCACCAGCUCAUCAUUUCCCACUGGAGAGUUCAUUGAACAGUGGUUGUGUGGGACGUCCGCUGCCUGCCAUUCUCCCAACAUUCCUUGCCCAUCCGGCGUGUUUAUUUUUUAAGUUCCACCAGCUCAUCACUUCCCACUGGAGAGUUCACUGAACAGUGGUUGUGUUGGACGUCCGCUGACUGCCAUUCUCUCAACAUUCCUUGCCCGUCCGGCGUGUUUCUUCCAAGGAGCUUGAAUGUCCUGAUCAAGUCAAUACCUUGUUGGACUUUUUUUAUCCGGGUCUUAGUCACUUUCCACAUUAUUAUUUCAAGAAGUUUAUGUGGGUAGAAAGCGUAUGUGGAGAUGGUAAACUGUUUUGCAUAUCUGCUGUACGCCUACCACGUUUCGCGCGCGCCAAAUUUGUUUAAGGAACACCAUGACCUAAUUACAUAUAUUUUAACAAUUAAAGACAUUGAUGUUUGUAACAAGCUGGGUAAAAAUAGGGUUUAAACAAAUAGACAAAGAGCGAUAAAACCGGGCCAAGAAAAGAAAAAAAAAUGAUUAAAAAACUUGUAAUAAUUUUAUCUUCUAUUAAUUGGUUGUUGAUUGAUGCUUUUUUUUAUUGUGUUGUUGGUGGUGUUGUUUUUUUAAGUCAAAUAACAAUAAAAAGUUUAUGAGACAGAUUUCAACACGUACCAACGAUAGCAUCGAUUACAGACAUUGUUGGCGCGACUUAUACAAAAAUAAGACGAGGAUAUUCGCUUAUGAUCCCAAGACAGCGAUAUGAUUAGAGUUUAUACGAUUACUAAACAAUUUUUAUUAAAACCUUUGCAUUGAAUUUUUAAAGUGUACUAUUACAAGUAUGCAAUCAACACUGCACUAUAAUUUUAAAACAUGGGAUAAGACUUUUUUUCUGUUUAAGUAGAUAAUCUAAUCAUGUCUUCCUCAAGGCGUGUCCAUCCAGGAGUGACCAGUGUUGGUGAGCAACAUCCUUCCCAUUCAAGGCUACAACAUGUUAUCCAACGCCGUGGCAUUUUAUGGAUGUAUGGCUCUGUUAUUCAUCGUGGGUAAGUUUUAUUUUAUUUUUUUAUUUACCAAAUAAACAUCUACCUAGCUACAUAUACAGUAUCUCAUAAUGUGAAGGUAUUUAACAAAUAAGCAUCUACCUAGCUACUUAUACAGUAUCUCAUAAUGUGUAGGUAUUUACCAAAUAAGCAUCUACCUAGCUACUUAUACAGUAUCUCAUGAUGUGUAGGUAUUUACCAAAUAAGCAUCUACCUAGCUACUUAUACAGUAUCUCAUGAUGUGUAGGUUCGCUGUCCACCACUAUUUUAUAAAAAACAUUGAUGAGAAUGAUUUUUAAAAUGAAAGGAAAUGAAAAGGACUUCUCUUAAGCUUUGCUCGAAUUAAAAACGACAAUAUUAUAAUAGUAAACCUUUAGUUGGUAAGGGAACAGAUGCAGGAAAAUGAGUUACUUGCCAAAAACUAAACUUUACAUUUCAAGUAAAUUUCUUGCAUAUAAAUAACUGUUGGCUCCAACGUGUUUCAAGAGAACAACUUUUAGACCUGGAUUUUCGUCGUAGAUGAGAAACUUUGACUCUGGGUCUAGCUUUUCGUAAAUGUUGUCCCGGCAAAAUACUUUAAAGCCAUGCUAUCUCGGUCGAUAGGUUUUAUUUUGGAGUAGAUGAUAUGUCUCCAUUUAUUACACCCUGAGAAUCGUCUUCUACUGGAUACAAAUUGUUUUUGUCACACAAAUAAAUUUUGGCCAAUAAAUAAUCCAGUUAUCAAUGAUGGUCUGUUUUAAAGAUUCCGUUGUCUUACAUUUGAAUCAUAAGACAAGAACUUACAAUGCAGUGUCUGCAUAUUAAUAAUAAAAUACAAAAUGUCGCCUUUGUCUGACCGCCCCCUUUUUCAGCCCAUUCUUAUGAGAUUGCAAUUCAGGUACAUUACGACUUUGAAAUAUUGAGUCAAGUAACCACUCGAGGAGUUCCACAAUACGUUCUGUGCACUAUUUUGAACUUCCUCAUUUUUAGUUUUUUUUUUUAAUAAAGAUAAAAAAACUAUUCAUUACAAAGUAGAUUGACACUUGCUUCCUUCUCAAUGUAUUUAUGCAGGUGUCAACACUGACACAAUCACCACGCGAAUUGCUGAAAACUGCCAGGAGAGCAUUGACGAAUGCAAGAAUAUUGCAACAAACGAUGCGGAGAUUAUGUAAGAGAAACGUAUUUAUUUGUGAAAUUUUGCCACAGGAAAUUAAGUAUUUAUCUCAAGAACGUUUAUUAUUGUAUACAUUAAAAUGUUGUUGUUUUUUUUAAACACAGUGGCGUAGGAAGGGGGAAAGGUUUUAGAGGUGAUGCGAUCUAUUGUGGUGGCAAUCAUUAUCUUUAAACGCAGGGGACAACUUAUCGGCGUAUUGCAGGGGUGGUAGCAGGGGGUGUGGGCUAACGAAAGCCUUUUUUUAAAUGUCGCAAUAAAUGUAAAAAUAGUGAACGAGUACAAAACUAGCACAAAACAUACAUGCAGACUUUUUUUCAGACUUGAAGAUAGAUGGGUCAUAGUUGAAUGCUUUAUUUAUUUAGGCAUUUUUAUAUAGCGCUUACCAUAAAGCUCUAAGCGCUUUACAAUUAUUAAAAACAUGUAAACUAAGUAAAAUAAAAAUGAGACACUAGGAUAGUAACUACUAUACUAUAGAAAUAUGACCUUCGUAUGCAAGGACAAUGAAGACUACUUAAGGAAAGAAGCCAUUUUUGGUAGCAGCAAGCCUUUUUUGAAAUGUCGCAAUAAAUGUAACAAUAUUGAACGAGUACAAAACUAGCACAAAACAUACAUGCAGACUUUUUUCAGAUUUAAACAAAGGAAUAUAGCUGAAUGCUUUACGAGCUUCGUAUGCAAGGACAGUGAAGACGACUUAAGGAUGAAAUCCAUGUUUGAUUAUGGAAGAACACUUCCUAGUAAGUACUUAUAUUACUAUAAUUGUUUUCUAGAAAUUUACUGAAAUCUGGUCGAUUGUUAAAGGUAUGUCCUUUUUAAACUGGCAUAUAGCUUUAUUUCAAAGUUCAUGCUAUUGGCAUUGUCUUUUUCAGAUAAAACCCAUUAGUCUUUGCUCUUCACUUGGGGACGAUGCAUACCUCUCUGUACUCUGUCUUUCUUUAAAUUUGCUUGAGUUAUUUUUGAUAUUUCCCACUUAAUGCACCGAAGAUAGGAUUCUGCCCGUUUGUACUUUCGAAACACUGUAUCAAUCUGUGAGAGAGAGAGUGUGUGCUUAGACGUACUGAAAGUUACAUAUGUCUGGUUGCUUGCUCAUCAUGUGAAAUUUUAUUGUGUUAAAUUAUUACUUACUUCAUCCACAAACGCUCCUUAUGUACAAUUUGAGAUCAGGAUUCACAAACGUUUAUUAUUGUUGAACGUUGGAUGAUGGCAAGAGACUACUUCUUUAUAUUGAUUCGCAGCAGUUCUAAGCCUGUUUCACUUUAUCAAAGCAUUACACUAUAUAUCUCUGUUGAUGUUAAAUUUUUUCUUAAUGGUCAAAUAAAUGUUAGUUCAAAUGAAAUCAAUUAAAUAUAAUCUAUUUAUGAGCUUGUAAUUUUAGGCUUUAAAAACAAAAUUAGACUGAGUCCAAAAGAAAAAACAAAAAUUGAAUUUGUUAAAAUGUGUUUCAGGAAAGGAUGAUGUGCUCUUUCAAGACCGCUUUGUCCGAACUGGGUCUUCAAAUUUGGUAGUGAUCAUCGGCGUUUCCUACGAGACAUUGAUCAUCAGUUCUGUCACAGCGUUUCUCUUAGCUUAGCUAUUAAUAAACCUUCAACAACCCAUGAAUAUGCUCUAAUUGUAAGCUAUUCAAAAAUUAUGAAAAAAAUAAUAAUUAAAUAAAUAUGUGUUGAAAGGGGCUGAUAACAUGUAUUUUUAAUGAGUUUUAAAAAAAUGCAAUUGAACUAUACAAAAUGGUGGUAUAAGAACAAGCAUAAAUAUCCUAAUUGUUGAGUAUUGUAUGAUCCAAUGACAUUAUUGUUGUACAUUAGCUAACAAUUGAAAUCUCAUAGAAAUAUACCUAGAUUUAGUUCAUUAACGAUGAACGUUAUUUUUAGUACGAAUGGAACAGAGUAAAAUCAUUCGGCUAUUAAAGAGUAUUAAAAUGGAAUAAACUAUCAUUUUAUUCUAAAUGAAAUGCACCUUGGGCAGUCUUCACAAAAAUGUAAUAGAGAAAAAUGUGAAUUGUUUUUUUUCAAAUUAAAUUUUUUCAAAGAGCUCCUUUAGUCAAUAUAUUUUGAAAAUUUCUUUUCUCUUUG